CCUUCAGCCCAGCCCACAUCAAUCAACCCUUGGUUCUUCCAUUUUCUUUUUUCUUUUCUGUACUGUGUGAUCUGAUUAACCAAAAUCCCUAAAAUCUCUCUCUCUAAAUUCCGAAUAAAUAUAUAUAUAAAUUACUGAAUAUAACAACACAGUCGAAUCGAAUCAUUUGAGAGAGAAAGCGAAAGCGAUGGGGCAGAUGACAAAUGGUAAAUCUAAGAAAGAAGUGAAAGAAGAAAUUAAAAAAGAAGAAGAAAUUGAAGACGACGACGAAGAACAACAACAGCAAGACGAGCACGAGCAAGACGGAAUCUCCGUCCACUCUCCAUGCAAAAUCAACUCUUCCUCACUCCGCAAGGAUAAAUCAGAGGUGGAGUUGGAGUUGGAGUUGGGAUUGCUCGAAGCUCUCGAAAUUUACCCACCUGCCAAAUUACAAGGGGUGCAUCGUCACUUUGUUCUUUAUGGUUUAACUGAAUACAUGCGCAGAAGUUUUAACCGUCCAUUUACCUCGGACGAAAUCUUGAAGUUGCUGGGUCGAUUUUACAACUUGGAAAUGGUGAAACAAGAUGACGAAGACGCGGAGUUUCUGAGUCAGGAGGAAGACUUUCGGUUGCCACAGAGUUAUUUCGAGGACGAAAGUUGAUUGUUGACGCAUUAUAGUUCUCGAGAGUACAUAGUCUUUUUUUUUUUUUGGCUUUCACGAAUGCAAGUUGAUAUAUCUUAUUUUCACGAAGGUUUCAGUUCUGCUCUAUUAUCCUACCGAGUUUCGAUGGUUACUUGUCUUUAUCGUAUCUUUGAUAUUAAGCACUUGGAACAGAAAUCGGAGUACGUAUAUCGCCACCUCUGUUACUUUGUCUGAGAUUUUUUUUCAGGCAUGCUUUUUAAUUUACUGCACUUUCUUUGUAUAAUUAUAUAAGCAAUUAAUUACCUUCUCUCUUCACUUUA